CACGGAUUCCCUGUCAAACCAUCUCCCGAGACUCUCUCCCGCUUCAUUGUAUACAUGCAAGCCUUUGUGUCCCCGAAAACUAUCAAUUCAUAUCUUUCUGGUAUCUGCAACCAACUCGAGACCCUCUACCCAGACGUCCGAUCCAUUCGACGCUCUCCCAUGGUUACGAAAACUAUGCGAGGUUCUUUUCGACGUUUCCAAACUCCCGCUUCCCGAAAAGAUCCGUUGACCAGAGCCAAUCUUGUAUUCGCCUGCCGAACUCUCAACCCGGCGUCUUGUUUCGACGACGCUCUUUUUAUUGCGCAGCUUCUGGUGGGGUUUUACGCACUUAUGCGUUCGGGCGAACUUGUUAUGCCAGAUAGGAAAGAACUUCGGGACCACAACAAACUUUCUCUCCGCCGCUCUGUCGUUCUGACACCUUCCACUCUGUCCUUCACGCUGCCGCGCCAUAAAGCGGACACCUCCUUCGAAGGCGACCAGAUUCUGGUCAAGUCUGUCGCACCUGGUCCAUGCCCUGUGGUCUCUUUCAUGCAUUACAUUGACUGGAGGGACACCAUGUUUCGCUUCCGGCCUCACCUUUGGCUUCGAGCAGACGGUACCCCUCCUACCAGGUCCUGGUUCAUGUCUUACAUUCGACGGCUUUUCAGCUCUAACAUCGCCGGGCAUUCGCUGCGUGCAGGCGGCGCUACUGCCCUCGCAGAGGACGGUGUCCCUUUUGACCAGAUCCAG